AUGAAUUUUUUAAGAUUACGAAAUGACUUUUUAUCAUCACAAAACAAAUUUUUUUAUAAAUUGAAUUAUUUUUCAUUGCAAAAUUUAUCUAAAAAAAAAAAUUUUUCAAAUAAUUCAUUGAAAAUAUCAGAGUUAUCGUUACCAUAUUUUGAUUAUUCUAAAUUACAAAAAAAAAAUUCAUCGUUUUCAAUUGACGAAGAUUUCAUUUUAUUUCCAAAUCAUUUAAAUGAAUCAGAACAAUCUUUUCUUGUGGAAAAAUCAUCAAAGAAAUUGAAAAGAGCGUUUGGUAAAGAGGUUAUCUAUCAAGAUGCUCACUUUGAUGAUGUUAUCCAUGGUUAUAGAGAAUGUCAAGCCACUCAUUGGUCUACUGGUACUGCUACAAAUGGCAAAGAUGAGGAAGAAGAUAAAUACUCUGGUAGAAUUGUGGCAGGAAUAUCUUUAAUUUCUUCAACUGUGAUGAUUUUUCGACAUAAAGAUGAUCCAGAAAUUCAAUUUUCUGUUUUAUUAGAACCAGGAAGUUUAUACGUUCAACGUGACUCGAUCAGGUAUAAUUUCACUCAUGAAAUUCCUCAAGACCCAAAUGAACAUAGAUUCAAGGGUCAAUUGAUACCCAAGAAACGUAGAAUCUCGUUAAUGUUCAGGCAGAUAAGAUUUUAUCCAAAAAAAAAUUUAAUUUAUUUGUUUCGAAGAAAAGAAUUCAUCAUGGAUAUAGUCGGACUUUGUUUCCCAUUAAUUGGCAUAGCUACAAAACUUGCAAAAGAUGCUUAUAAAGCUUCUGAAGAAGCACGUUAUACCAAGAAAAUAUGUCUAUCGUUAUCUGAUAGACUGGAAGCAGGAUCACGUGCUUUGGAAGAUUUAUAUAGACAUCGAGAAGAAAAUAUUGAUGUAUUUGUAAACAGUGAAUUCUUUAAAAAUCUUCAACGUUAUGUAAAUGCAGCAACGGAAAUUAAAAGAUUUAUUGACGAGAUCUCAGAAUUAAGUGGAGCAAUGAAAUAUAUUAAUGCAAAAUCUCGUAAAGAAAAGGUUGAACAGCUUAUCACAAGGUAUGAUAGGAUUAUCCUUGAUUUAAAUUUGGAUGUAAAUACCAAAAGUUUCAAGAAAAUUUCAGAAGUACAAAGUUUAAUAGAAAAAGAAUUUGAAAAAAUGUCUUCGGCUGUAGAAACAAUGGCAGCUAGCUUGACGACUCAAGAAAGAGAUAUUAAAAUUAUAAUAGACACUUUAUCGUCAAUGAGGAGUGCUAAUAAUAAUCCAACACCUGAAAUCAAAAAAAUCAGUUCUGAUAGAUUAACAGACCCAGAUCCAUCAACGAAAAUUGCAAAUUUUACUCUAAGUAGAGAUUAUGAAACUAAAAGUAGACGAAUUGUAUCAGUAAAUGAACUUAUACCCUGGAUGGCUCCCGAGAAACUGAAGGAUCUUGUAAAGACAAGAUAUACAUUAAAAUGUGAAAUCUUUAGUUUUGGUAUGUUUGUUUGGGAAUUAUCAUUUAAUCAGGUUCCAUAUCUUAGAAAAUUUGAGAAUGAUUGUGUAAAAAUUUCUCAACACGUUAGGAAUGGCAAACGAGAAGAUUUAAAAAACUACAAUCACUUUCAUGAUAUUCAACGAUCCUGGCUUCAAGAACCUACACUUCGUCCAGAUAUGCACACUUUUCUUACACAAUUGGCCAAUUUACACAAACGUUAUUGUUCACCAAGAAUUAUACCACAUGAUAAAAGCCAAAAUUCCAAUAAUACUGAUGAUCCUUUAAUGGCUACUGAAUUUAUGAAAUACUUGGAAAAAGCUGCAUUUCAUGAAAAUCCGACUGCUUUAUACAACUUGGGAAGCAUAUAUUAUGAAGGCAAAUUGAAUUUACAAGUAGAUCAUAAACUAGGAAUAAAAUUUUAUAAGAAAGCAGCAUUAAAAGGUCAUGAUAAAUCAAUUCAAAGAUUAAGUAGUUUAAAAAUAAGUGUUUAUGAUGAUUAA